CAUGUUCUGUAAGAGAUUAGAAAGGGAAAAGAUUUUCAAUAGUAUCACAGUAUUUUCCAUUAUGACAAACACUAUCCAAAAUGACAUUUGCAUGUUUGUUAAUAUGAAACACUUACCUUGCUGAUCCGGUCAGUGUAGCCACUCUAAGGAAUGAAAACGGUGGGCUUCCUGUAUUGGAUGCAGCUCAGGCCUGAACCAAAGCUCACAAUACCAUGGACCUUUCACCAUGGAUUUCAGAACACUGUUUUCAUCUGCCAUUUGCCUCCUAGCCAGGAGGCGCAUGUUUCUGCAUAUGUUCAGAAUGACGUGAAAGUCUGAUAGGGUGUGAUCCUCAGUCAAUGUAUAAUGCCCAGUUUUAUUCUUUACAAAGUCAGCAAACGUAUGAUACCUAGCAUUUUAAAAUCUGUUCAGAUUUUGUGUAGUGUAUUCAAGCUUUAUUGAGCCAUCUGAACUUGCUUUCAUUUUCAUUUUUCAUUUCAUCUUGCCUGAAGUAGCCUAUGUUUAGAGAGUUAUUGUACGCCAAUUCAAGUUAAUUGUAAUUAAAGAUUACAAAUAUAUAUAAGUCAGUAGUAUCUCCUUACAUUACCAGCAACAACACCAUCUUCACCGGCGCAGACCAUGUUUUGUGUGACCUGAGAGCCCCACCAGUCAGACUUAGAGCAGGUGACGUAAUCCACCACAGGCAGGAGAGCCUGCUGCAGGAUAUCAGUAAGGGGUCCAUUUGCUAGUUAUUGACAAUCGAAAAAGAUGGAUGAGAAGAACAGAAGACAACAACAACAACAAAAUGCAAACUUUUAUUUUAAUGUUUUGUCUAAAGGUUUAAUAAACUGUUAAAUUACAAAAAUUAAUGGAAUGAUUAAUGGAAUGUGCAUUUUCCUGCCAGGGCCAGCUGUUAGGGCGGACAUCCACACCCCCACAACCCUCGACACAAUAGGAGGGUAGGUGGGCAGCCCACAUCCGUAAGAUGAGGUUGAUGCAGUGACAAAGCUAUGAACCCUCCAUGAGGCUUAGCAGGGGAGGGAAAAACAACAUCUGAAGCUCAUGGUGGGGCUUUAAAACGGUGCUCGAGGAUACAGGAGGAGGAUGCGGGUCUCCGGGCUUCUGUCAGGCGCUUUCGCUCUGCAUGUGUUCCUGACCGUGAGAUGCAUGCCUUUGCAUGGGGGGCGAGGAAUGAUGAAGCACAAAGAGCCCCCGGGUUUGUCACAGAUUCCUCAUUUGCACUCUGAGAAGAGGAGAGACAGGGUCCUCCACCCUCAGGACACCUUUAAACCUCAAGCAAAGGGUGAGCCACAGCUCAACACCCAACUCAGGAACAGCUCCGGGGGUGCAGGUCCACUGCGCUGUGGCGUCCCAGACUACCCCGACCAGAGAGAGGUGCAUCUCAGCACCCACCCCCGACAGAAACGCUUUGUGAUUUUUGGAGGACGCUGGCCAAAAACUGACCUCACUUACAAAAUCCAGCGCUUCCCGUGGCAAAUGAGUGAGGAUAAAGUGAGGCGAGUUUUACAGGAAGCUCUGAAGGUCUGGAGUGAUGUCACACCCCUCACCUUUACUGAGGUUAACAACCAAGAGGCUGACAUAGUCAUCGACUUCACAAGGUACUGGCAUGGUGAUAAUUUGCCCUUUGAUGGCCCUGGUGGGAUCCUGGCUCAUGCUUUUUUCCCAAGGACACACCGGGAGGGAGACAUUCAUUUUGACUAUGAUGAGUCCUGGACAGUGGGCAAUGAACUUGGAACAGAUCUUCUUCAGGUGGCAGCACAUGAGUUUGGCCAUGUCCUGGGUCUACAGCAUUCUCUGGAGCCUGGAGCCAUCAUGUCCCCAUUUUACAGCUUCUCCUAUCCCCUCCAGCUCAGUGAGGAUGACAAGAAAGGGAUCCAAUACCUCUACGGCCCCCGUCCCCAAGCCCCGCCGCAAAUUCCUAUGGAAACCAAUGAGAUUAUCACUAGUGCACCUGACGCUUGUCACACAGAUUUCGAUGCUGUGUCUAUAAUCCGUGGGGAAUUGUUCUUCUUCAAGGCCAGCUAUGCCUGGCGCAUCAGGGAGGGCCGUCUGCAGGCGGGAUACCCUGCCCUGGCCUCCCGACACUGGAGGGGCAUUCCAGAGAAAAUAGGCGCCGCCUAUGAAGACAAAAAUGGCAAUAUCUGGUUCUUUGAAGGUUCCAACUACUGGGUGUUUGAUGCAGAGCGCAAGAUAUCAGGACCAGAACCUCUGGAGACUAUAGGCCUCCCUGUCGUGCACAUUCAGGCUGCACUGCGCUUAAAGGAGCACUACGGCCACCAUACAUACUUCUUCAAGUCAGGAAACUACUGGCGUUUGGAUCCCCAAGAAAACAGAGUGGACACGGCCUUCCCACGCAAAAUUCAGCAGGACUGGUGGGGCGUCCCUGAUGAGAUUGAUGCUGCCUUCCAGGAUGCCCACGGCUUUGCCGUCUUCAUCAGUCGCCGACAGUACUGGAAGUUUGACCCAGAGCAGCGUAAGGUAUUGGAAGGUUACCCGCGCUACAUUGGUGCAGACUUCUUUGGAUGUAGCAUGCCAUAAACCCUCAGGAAUCUAUUCUGUCUCUUUCACCGUGUUCUUACACUCUGGUUUGAAGCAUACAGUGUAAAUGUCCCAACAUUUUCAUGAUGACGAACUGUACUAUGUAACCUAAGUACUUGUUCGCCUGGGCAUUUCUCUUCCCUUCACCUCAAAAAUGUCUGAAUAAUCGAAUUUCUUCUCAGGAAAUCUUGCACAUCUGAGCUUUAUGAACCACGAGCAGCUAUGUCUGUAUUUGUUGUAUAUCAAGCAACCAUUGUGUAAGAAGACAUAAAUACUCUGUUGGUAAGGUGCUAAAUAAGGUGCUAAAAAAUUUGUCAGGGAUCUUUGCAUCAGUUGCAAUGUCCGUAACUCUUAUCUAAAAGUUUUUACAAUUCUUUGCGAGUUUUACUGUAUCUUAAAUUGUGCAGUUUAUAUUGAUUAAAUAACACAAGAAAAACCUAAUUAGACAUAAAGUUUCUCUCAUUCAAAAUGAUUUUUAAAUAAGAGAAAAGGUAAAAGGCGAAGGAUGUUUUGUGUUUAAUAAUGAUUUGGUAAGAACACAAAAUCUUGACACAAGCAUUUGUUUAUGAUGUUGAGACUGUAUGCUAAUAUAUCAACAGACAAACUAGCACUCUUCAGUGCAGGACACUGACAAUGUUUUAAAUCUUUUCUUUUUAAUAUACUAGCUUGGAAUUUUUUUUUUACAUCAUCUGUGUAAAUUUUUUUCCUAUAUUUUCUCUAUCCUAGUUUUUUUUUUUUUUUUUUUUUUUUUUUUUUGUAGCUUUUACAUUAUUUCUUCUGCUUUUCAUAUUUACUGUGUAAAUACUUUUAUAUAAAAUGUGUGUUGUAUUUUGGUACAAUUAAAAUAUUCCCAGACCA